ACCUUUCAUUAUCAGAUUGUGCACGUGAGUUCAAGCACAAUGGAUAGAAAAUGUUUUCUAUUUCUUUUAUGUAUGAAUAUAUCAGUGUCUUUUAUUCUUCUUCCAGAUGCUCCACGACGCAUAGUAAAAGUUUUAAAAGUAUCUAACGGUGGAUCAUGGGGAAGAUGGGGUAUAACACAGUUUUGUGCUGAAGGAACGUAUGCUGUCGGGUAUCAACUGAAGAUUGAGCAAUAUCAACUUAACGGUGAUGAUACUUCCUUGAAUGCGAUUGCACUAGUGUGUAAAGAUCCUGACGGAGUUCGUUAUGGAGGGAAGGUCACUUCGAAUCAAGGUAUUUGGGGUACUUGGUAUAACAACGCAUCGUGUCACAAUAUCGAUGGAACGCCUGCUUUCCUCACAGCAUUUCAACUGCAAGUGCAAAGAAGUGUAGGCGAGUUUGACGAUACAGCGGCCAAUUACGUGAAGUUUAAAUGCGGAGACUUUGGGUCUGUUUACAAACCAUUUGAACUUGCUUCCCCACCGGGACACGGACAUUAUGGGCAGAUGGGAGACUGGAGUGAUAGCUGUCCUCCAAUGUCAGCUAUCUGUGGGAUAAAGACACGUGUUGAGCAGCCUUUGACCGAUGGUGAUGACACGGCUCUUAAUGAUGUAGAAUUCUAUUGUUGUGUAGACAAUCCUGAUGUUGGAAAAUAGACCAAACAAUAAACUGACUGUUGAUAAAACUCUUUUAGCUUUAUGCUUGUUUUAUUGUCAUCCAAUAUUUGUCAUAUAAGUGUAAAAUUGUUCAUUUUAGUAAAAUGUACUUCACUUUCCUUAGUAAUUAAAUGUAGAGCAAAGA